AAGAGUGAAGACCUAAAUCCAAGGUCAUGGCAAAGCACCUGAAGUUCAUUGCCAGGACUGUGAUGGUACACGAAGGGAACGUGGAAGGUGCAUACAGAACCCUGAACAGAAUCCUCAGCAUGGAUGGGCUCAUUGAGGACAUUAAACAACGAAGAUACUAUGAGAAACCUUGCCGCAAGCAACAGCGGGAAAGCUAUGAAACCUGCAGGCGGAUCUACAACGUGGAAAUGGCUCGAAAGAUCAACUUUUUGUUGCGAAAGAAUCGGGCAGAUCCAUGGCAGGGCUGCUGAGACGCGGAUAGAAGGCCCACAUCCAGUUUGUCUCCACCUCUUUCUCUAUAAUAAACUCAAAUCAACUAUAUGCAAGAAAACUUACAUGUAGAGAAGCAACCCCACUGGUUAGCAGUAGACUGUCUUUCUUAUUAAGUGAAAGAGAAACAGUCCAAAAGUAGUCUAGGAGUAGAAUGGUGGUGGUUAAAGGAUAGGGAAGGGGGCUAUCAGCAAUUGUUUAAUGGGCGUAGAGUGUCAGUUUGCAAAUCUGAAAACAUUCUGA